AUGACCACAGGUUAUGGCUUCUACGACUUGUCCACAGACUGUGGAGCAUUAAUUCGAACUGCUCCAACCCAUAAUAGCCACAAACUGUGGCAAACUGACGAACCAUUCAUAAAAACUGGAGAGAACAAAGCUCUCCCUACCACCAACACUCUGUUUCAGAUGAAUACCCUAUGCUACUUCCUCGAAGGCCACAAGAACUGUUAUAGUUUACCCCUUCAAGAGGCAUACAGGAAGUUCCUGUUUCGAGCUGGCUUUUACUAUGGAAACUACGAUGGCCUCUCGAAGCCACCUAGCUUUCGUCUAGAGAUUGAUGGAAACAUAUGGGCAAAUGUAACGACUUCCAUGAGCGAAGAGAUGAUCUACUAUGAACUGUUUUACAUAACAAAGAAGUCGCGGACUAGCAUGUGCUUGAUUCGUACCAUGGACAGUGAUGUUCCCUUCAUUUCUUCUCUCGAAGCUCAUUACAUUUAUGAUACUUAUAAAUGGAUGGACAAUACCACAGCUUUGUACGUUCAUAACAGGAUCAACUACGGUGCAAGUACAAGUGUUGAGCGAGGUAUGAAUUUGCAUGCACAACACUACAACAGGAUUUGGAAAUCUAAAGAAAUAUCCAAUUAUCUCAACAUUCAUGUCGAGUUCAUAGAUUAUGAUUAUAUGUUUGGAGAAAAUAGGCCACCAUGGAUGGUAAUGGGAUAUGCCAUCCAAGCACGAAAUCUCACAGACUCUAUAUAUUUGUCCAUUGAUUUUUCCCCUCGAACAGCAGUACAAGCCUACUUUAUUCUCUAUUUUAUGGACCCUGUUUCUCGGUUCGAGCAAAAUCAAACUAGCAGUGUUGAGAUAUACAUAGAAGACAACAAAAUGGCUGUUACCGAUAUCCCUAAUAUUGAUGGUUAUUUGUAUGACCGAUUCCAUGCUGUGACGCUGUUUUCUUUGCCAGUCAAUGGUUCGGCCAAUGUGACUAUUUCUCCGGCAGAAGGCUCGACUUUGGCCCCACUCCUAAAUGCCAUGGAAGUGUUUUCUGCAAUUGAUGUGUCUGAGGGUGGACAUUUGUUCAACUUCUCAUCAGUACUGUUUAUCAUUUCUCUUCAUGUGCUUAUUAUUCUUGUGACAUAA